UAGUGGCUGUGCGACUGGUGAAGGGGGAGGCAGACACAGUGAAAGAGGUGGGGGGGUGGAGACACAGAGGGAGAGAUCUACUCAGUGCAGCUUAAAGUGCAAUUCUCCCUGAACUCUUGUGUCUGUCAGAGCUGCUGACUAAAGAGAAGCCUUUUCCUUUGCUCUGUUUCUUCUCCCUGCUGCUCUGUCCUUUUGCUUCUUUCAACUUCUUCUUUCUAUAAAGAGACUUCUUCCUACUCUGAUCUGCAGCAUCUCUGCGCCCCAUAGGGAUAAAGAGAAAAAAACCAUCUGGAUUGUAUUUCUGGAGGAGAGAAAGAAGUGAAAGCCAGAAAAAAAUGGGUGUAGUGAGCACACCCCACCAAAGCCCACUCUUAGAUCUUGGAAGAGGGAACUCAGAGCCUAUGGUGGAUCUAUGGUGCUGAAUGGAGAAGGAGUAAAAGUGCUUCCAAGUUUGUCGCUGGGAUCACGUUACCUGUUGGAUCCCCUUUCACUUAUGAAACACCCCUGCGAGGGCAAAGCCAGGAGUGGGAUUUAAAGGGACUUUUUGGGGGGGCGUGGAUCUGACCACUGGAGGGACCACCAAAGACCUAGUCGUCUCUAUCCCUAUCUGAUCCGGCAAGGAAAGCCACCAAAACCAUUCACGAUAUAGACUGUGGGGGCGCCCACCUCCUUACGCCCACGAAGCAAAGAGAGGAGACUACAGACAAAAGUAACGCUCAGUCAACCUGCAACCUGCGAGAGCUGACAGGUUAUCUUUUGCCAAAAAGGAAAUGGACCGCAGAGAAAGAGUCCUUUGGCUUAGCCACUGUUGAUCUCAUACCCACCUAUUUGCCAGCUGUAGAUACUGGGAGAGCUCCAAUAAGUACUACCUGGACAGCAAGGAUGAACAGCACCUAUCAGGAGUACUUGAACCCAAGGAAGGUUUGGGAACAUUAUGUUUAUGUCAAGGAAAAUCUCACCAGGGAAGACUCAUCGCGCUAUGCGAUCUCCAUCAUCUUCAUCAUUAUCUGCUGCAUUAUUAUCCUGGAGAACCUCCUUGUGCUCACUUCGGUCUUGCGGAACAAGAAGUUCCAUUCUGCCAUGUUCUUUUUUAUUGGGAACUUGGCAUUUUCAGACUUUCUCACUGGCUGUGCCUACAUCGCCAACAUUUUGCUGUCGGGGAACAUGACCUUUACUCUCACUCCCAUGGAGUGGUUUAUACGCGAGGGCACGGCUUUCACGACUCUCUGCGCUUCUGUUUUGAGUCUGCUGGCCAUUGCCAUUGAACGUAAGGUCGCCAUCAUGCAGGUUGAAGUCUACAGCAGUGACAGGAACUGUAGGAUGGUCCUUUUAAUUGCUGCUUGUUGGGUUGUCUCAAUUGUCAUUGGAGGACUGCCAAUUUUGGGCUGGAAUUGCAUCUUCAAUAUGGAGCAGUGCUCAACGGUCCUUCCCCUCUACUCCAAAAAGUAUAUUCUCUUUGUUGUUACCAUUUUUACCAUCAUACUUUUAACCAUUGUAAUCUUGUAUGUUCAAAUAUAUUAUAUUGUCAAGUCCAGCCAUGGAGAAGUGGCCGCCCCGCCAACGCUUGCCCUUUUGAAAACAGUGACUAUUGUCCUUGGAGUCUUCAUAAUCUGCUGGUUGCCAGCAUUUAUCAUCCUUCUUCUGGAUGUCUCUUGCAAAGUGAAAUCAUGCAAAAUACUUUAUAAAGCCGAUUACUUUUUUGGUGUGGCCACUUUGAACUCUGCCUUGAACCCGAUCAUUUACACCCUGAGAAGCAAGGACAUGAGGAAAGAGUUUUUAAGAGUGCUUUGUUGUUUCAACUAUUUCCAGAAGAACAGGACUCCUGACAAGUGUAUGCUCAAACUGCGCAGUUCCAGCUCCCUGGAGCGUUGCACGCAAAAACACGACCUGCCUACGUCCCCAAUUAUGAAGGACUGUACAACGUUUGUUUGAUGAAGAGCUGUCUCAUUUUUAGGGAUGACUGUGACAUAGUGUUAUGGUACAUGUGGUUUGGUGCAACCAAAAUGACAUAAACAGUGGCGGUUACAAUGUUACUGGCACCGACAGAAAAAUAUUUGUAGGGACCUUUCUUCCUCAAGACCUCAAGUUGGGCUAUUUAUGGUCUGGAUCUAGGUUUCUGGGUUUUUAAGUCUCCACUUAUAUCAAAGAAAGAUGUUAUAGGUGCCCUUAAUGGAUGUUGCUGUAUGUAUAAUAUACGUGUCAAUCUUUACUAGGGAUGGACCGAAUCCAAAAUUCGGUUUGGGUCCUGGCACUUUUGCAGGAUUUGGAGUGGUCCAAGUGUUGAGUCAAAGCCAAUCUGAUCCCUCAAAGCCAUAUGACUUUAAAGCUCUGAACAACCGAAGGCAACAAUAUAGUGUUCACAUCCAAGUUUGAACAUAGGUUUCAGAUUCGGCUGAACUUUUUUGGAGAAUUCGGUAUGCAAAAAUGAUGUCUUCAGUAGAUCCCCAAUAUCUAAGCAUGCUUCUUUAUUUUAUUCUACAUGUAGAGCAGUGAUGCCCAACCAGUGGCUCGUGAGCAAUAUGUGGGACCCCUGACAUAGAGUAUAAGACAUCACCAGCAUUUCUCAAUUCAGAAUGUAGAAUGAAAUAAAGAAAAACCAUAUUGUACAAUUCAGUGGAUAGAAAAAAAUGAUUUGGGUUUUGCAUGAAUUCACUUGAAUUCAUUAAUGAAAAUGACUCAAAAAGCACUUCAUUUUUAGAUGAUUUGAUAUCUG